AUGACAGCCCGCAAGUGCAUUCGAGAACUGCGUAAAAAAUUAGACAAUUAUCUUAAAGACUAUGGAAAUAUCGAAAAAAUCAAAGAAUUUGCGGAAUCACUUCAGACUUCUAAAAUUAUUUCUAUUGAUCUAUCAACUUUACAUAACUAUAAACCCUCUGACACCAGCUUAGAUACGGGAGCUUGCUUUUUGCUUCCUCCUAAAUAUCGAGACGAUUAUGAAUGUUACAAAUCAAAGGAAGAUGGAGAUUGCUUAUUUAAUAGUGCUUCUAUUGUACUAACUGGAACUGAAGAUUUGUCAAUUAAACUCCGUUUAGCCGUUCUACGUGAACUAAUUGUACAUUCAAAAAACUAUCUUUCACUUGAUGAAUUCAAGAAAGCAAUCACUUAUUCUGAUAGAGCACUUGAUAUAGGGGAUUCUGCGCCACCAGAAAAGAAACACGAAGUUAGAUAUUUCGCGCAAAUCAGAGAAAUGUGUGAAGUGGGGGCUUGGUGUACUUUGUUGGCGAUAUACGGGUUGUCCUCGGUAUUAGAAAGGCCAAUUGAAUCGAUAUUUCCCCCAGUCAGAAAUUCUCUGUAUGCUGAUACAUUUUCUCGGACGGUAAGACCAAGAGUGCCGAAGAACAAAGAUCCAAUUAUGAUUCUAUGGACUAAUAUCAGUGUGACGGACGAAAUAAGUGCUUCAACUUUUCUGGAUGAAUUAGCACCGUCGUGUAAUCAUUUUGUUCCUGUCUUAAAAAAGAAAAAAACAAUACAGAGUAAAAGACAAAUUUCUUCUGUUGACAAUGAUAAUUCCUCCAUGAUUAUUAAACGUAGGAUGUAUGCACUCAAAAAUUCACAAAAGAACGAAUGA